AUAUAAUUUAUUCGGUUUAACAAAAGUCAUGUAAGUCAACUUUCCUGCCUGUAGACCUGACAGGCAGCCUGUAGUCAAUCUUAAUUAAUAGCCCAACAGGGGCCCCCUGCACCUGGUCGGUGCGGACAGGCGAAGUGAAGCUCUGGCGGUACUUUGGAAGCGGUGGAUUUGAACGGACCAAUCAGUGCGCUGCAUUUGAGGACCCGUCGCACUCGGUGGUUCGCGUUUUUGUCCAGUUAUUCCGCUCAGAUUGUUCAGAGACUUCAUCAUCCAACCUUCUCCAUCUGAUCGGCUCUCUUUCUCAGGUAAGGAAAUAUUGCGGAAAACUUCAGAAAACAUUGCAAACAUUGCGAAUUGCAUUCAGUUGGUUGAAAAGAAAUUUCAGGGGAAACAAGGAAAAAAGCAGUUGUGGAAAGUUACCCUCUCCACAAAGCUGUUGCUUACAUCUCUUUUGUAUCGCCAUUGCUGUAAGCUAUCCAUCGAAGUAAUAUAUUUAAGAUGUAUUCGUGCAACAUGUGUGCAGAAACAGUUAAAUCUGUUAAAGCCUUUGUUCUCCAUUGCAGACUGCAUCGCAACGAACCGAGGCGUAUGUUCAAGUGUGUUGCAGCCGGUUGCAAGCAGAGUGAAAAUCCAGCUAUCAUUGGACCAGAGCGGACUCCAGAAACGUAUCAAUCUGCCACUGAACAGCUGGAAAGAGAGGAGGUGACAGAAGUACAGGGGAUUAAGUUCAGAUAUGAUGGAUACACAAAAGGACAUCCGUGAUGCCAUUCGAGCAGUGCUUUCUGGUCUUUCACAGGACGUUUUGGCUGCUUUAGAGGAUGUGUUGGAGAAACUCGGCACUACAACCACAGAUGAUUUCCAGUAUAUCACCGAAGGAGACUUAUUGCCUGUGCUGAAGCCCAUACAGGCCAGAAGACUGGUUGCUGCAUGGGCCCAAAAUAACUCAAUGGCUUCAACUUCAGGUGGGGCAUCCUCCUCUCCACAGUCCGUUCAGUCCUCUCAAUCUGCAGCCUCACUUUCACAACCAUCGUCUGCUGCUACUUCAUCGCAUUCCCUGAGCUGCUCCCCAGUUUUGCCAACCUGGGUUGACAGUUUUCAGAUACCAUGGCAGAAGCUUCCAGAAGAGCUGAUACAGACUUUGGAACGACAGAAAAGGCCAAGUGCACGACUUCGAAGACAAAUGGUGAGGAUUAUUGUCUCUGAAAUUAUGCUGAUUUGCAAGAAUCCAACCAAACGCAACACUACUGAAAUAGCAGAAAGGAUGGUGAGCAGGUAUCCAAAGUCACUUAAGGAUGUCAUUGAUGGUGACGUUAUUGGACUUGGUUAUCAUUCCCUGGUAAAACAACUCCAGGCAAGAAUUGAAAAUGUCAAACGACAAGACACACCAAAGAUAACUAAACGCAGGGCAGAAUCAGAUAAUGACACUGAUGAGAUACCUGCUGAGCAAAAAGCUAGUGUUCAAGACACGUAUGGCUGUGUCAACUGGGCGCCAAAGUUUUUGCCCCUUUCUGAGACUGUAGAGAGUCAGCUUAAGAAAAAAGAAGACAUGAAAAAGAUGUUCAAAGACAAAAAAUAUGCUGCAGAAGAUGUGAAAGAACUUAUCAAGUCCACCUAUUACACGCAACGAAAGGACAUCAAUAAAGGUACAAGCAUCCUGAAGCUAUGCCAAGAAUGGCCUUUUUUGUUCCAUGAAACUGGCAUGGCAGAACACUUCCAGCAACUUACUGGCAUAAGUCUGAUGGAAGCCUUCUUCACCAAUCUGGACAAAAAGGGGGAGCGCAUUGUCAACUUCCUUAAAACUGUUUUUGCUCAGAAAGAAAAACAAGUUCUGGAGUCUCUCCUCAAGUUAGCAAGUGAAAAAGGUCAGUCCAGUGGUUGUACAUAGAUGAUUCUUCUUCUACUUGCUUUUUUUGGUGAGAAGGAAGAGCAUAUGUUCCACUAUGUUGAGAAGACGAGCCUUGCUGAAGAAGUUGAAAUGAAGGAUGUGCCAGCAACACCCUGCCUUAUUGUGUGUGGGUCCUCUUGCUUCACUGCGGACUGCUUCAUGUUGAGUAUUGAUCAGAAGAUUAUCAAUGACCACAUCACUGCCUUCUCCUGUGCCAUCUGCCUGAUGUUUGGCAGUUACUACUGUUUUAAUAUACACUACCCAGUGGAACUGCGGUCAACACUGGAGUUCCUCCAAAGGUGUUUCUUUUCAAUUAAUCCGGAGAGAGGAACAAAAGUUGAGCAUAGCAAGAGGAGGAAGAUCUUUGCGGUCAACCCAAGAGUCCUGACACUCAUCGCUGACAUCGCAGACCAUGAGUUGACUUAGACCAUACUUUGUGAGUCAUGUGAUAUGAUGUGUAACGUUGUUAUGUAAAACUGCAUUUUAUUGGUAUUUAAGGUUUACACUGUAAGAUUUCAUAUUUUUCAUCUUCAUGUUAAAUCUUGCAAAUUUAUGUUAGACAUUUUUUUUCUAUAUAACAGACGACAAUAAAACAGAUUUUAUGCUGCACCACUGUCACAGCUUAAUGAAUAUGUGGAGGAUUUACAAGUUACAAAUCAAAAAACCUGACAAACGUGAACAGUUUUAGUUAUCUAUUUCAGAAAAUUUACAGUGGUGCCCAGCACAUUUGUUAGAAAGUUCUUAUUUCUGUGUAUGUGCCAAUUCCAUAUGAUAUGGAUUAUUCAUUUGAAACACACUGCACCAGGGUUGAAGUGAUAAUGUUGUGUCAUAUCUGUUCAAACUGUUGCACUAAUAUAAGUGCUUGCUGCUUUUUGGAAGAUGUGUUACAAGUUCUUUGUAAUCAGUGUUCACAGGGUUGUGAGAAGUUUGUACAGCCCAAAAAGUUUUCAUUAAAUGGAAAAAAUGGAAUAAAGUUUGGUUUUUGAAUA